GUCUCUGUUCACGGACCCGGGUCCCCAUGCCCGUCCGACAUGGUAUAAAAGGCUGAGGGCCCGGGGCUUUUAUGUUGGUCACGGUCAGCAGUGACUGUUGGUGGUAAACGGGCAACUAUAUUCCAUCGGUCUUCUCUCACCUAAGACAUUGCUCGAAAUAAAACAUUCUUUCAGGAAUAUUCUGAAACAAGUCAAAUCGAAACACUUCAAAACUCGAUCCAGAUCCAGAUCCGUUUUCACUUCACCAUGCCGCGAGCACCAAGAGAUACCUACAAAGCCCACCAGCACUGGGUAUAUGAGGCACACCAGCAGGCAGAGGCACGGGCACUGGGAGAUAAGCUCGGUCUGUCGUUCCCUAAUGGCAGUGCCGGUGGUCCCGAGAGCGACUUUAUGUACCCCAUUCGACGUCUUGUAGUAACAGGACAAGACACACCAUCCAAUAUGCGCCUGCUAUUCGGAACGUCAUCGACAAAGAACCUGACCCCAUAUCACGAGGCACGACGAUUAGUCCUCAUCGACGAGCUGUCCGGCGUCUCCUCCUCUGCCGCGGGCCACCUGGACGAAGGGUGCCCGUACUGGUCACCCCGGCCCGCCAGCCGCGAAGAGUCCGAGGAGAUAGAGAAGCUGCUUCGUUUCGAGAGAAGGUACAAAGACAUGCUACCCUGCGCACUAGGCGGGGCAAAGCAUCAACAUGGCCGCAAGAUCAGCGUGGAGUCAGACGAGGGUUACGGAAGAGGCGAGUCGGCAUCGCCCAGGCGGCGCUACUCGUAGUUCUUUUUCUUUCUGGGACGGGGCGCAGGAUACGGAACCAUGGGCUGCGGGCGAUUUUUUGAUUGAUUUAUGACAAAAUUUGGAUUGGUGACAAUACCCGAAAACCAAAAGCUUAGGAAGCGAAUGCAAGUGGCAAAUAGCCCUAUCGGACUUCAGGACGGACCCAGGUUGGGCAACCGGUAUUUAUGUCAUGCCUUCUGAGGCAUCUAACACUACAUUUCAUCAAUGACUCUGUGUAUCAGUCCUUGAAGUAUGUUUUAAUGUCAGAGCAAAGAUCCACGACA